AUGAUAAAUGGCUUAAUAAGUAACACAGGUCACUCAGUCAUCUUUACUGUGGAAAACGAGACAAGACACCACAUCAACAUCACCGGUGGCCCCCUGUCUUAUAAAUAUCAAUUCCACGAGAUUCACAUACACUACGGCCUUCACGAUCAAUUCGGAUCCGAGCAUGCAAUCAACGGAUAUUCUUUUCCUGCCGAGAUACAAAUAUUCGGAUUUAAUUCACAACUUUAUUCAAACUUCUCUGAAGCGUUGCACAAAGCACAGGGGAUUGUUUCUAUAUCUCUACUUUUGCAGCUUGGUGAUUUAUCAAAUCCAGAGUUAAGAAUAUUGACUGAAGAGUUAGAGAACAUCAAAUAUGGAGGAAUCGAAACAAAAUUCCACGAUCUUCCCGACAUACACGUCGCCACACAUACACGUAGCCAGGCAUACACGUCGCUAGACAAAACACGUCGCCAGACACGCACGCCGCCAGACACACACGUCACCAGACACACACGUCACCAGACACACGCGUCGCCAGACAUACACGUCGCCAGACAUACACGUCGCCAGACAUACACGUCGCCACACAUACACGUCGCCACACAUACACGUCGCCAGACAUACACGUAG